GCGUGUGCUUGUUUAGGGGAAAGGUCGACCAAAGCUUAAUAAGAUUUAAAGCAAAAAAUUGAAAAAAUUUAUAUUAUUAAUAUAGUGAAAUAAAUAAAUAAAAAUAUGGCAACACUCUCAAUACGACCACUUAGUGCGCAACUGCAGGAAGCCGCUAUUAAAGAGUUGCACGAAGUACCCGAACGUUUGGCGGCCGAUAUCGAAGCUCUACGCACAUGGAUCCAGCAACAGCCGCAUUUGCGGGCGCGCGAUGACGAUCAAUUUCUCGUCUCCUUCCUGCGGGGGUGUAAAUUCAGUUUGGAGAAGGCGAAGAGUAAGAUCGAUAGAUUCUACGCGCUACGCACCAAAUACCCGGAAUUCUUCACCAUCAAAGAUGCGGAUGAUCAGAAGGUGCGCGAACUAUUAAACACCGGCAUGAUUGUUUACCUACCAACACCGCUAAAUGAACAUGGUUCGCGCAUUGCCUUGAUACGCAGUGGAGUUUACUCGGCUGAGAAGUAUACCAUCGAGGAAAUCGCACGCACAAUGUAUGGCAUACAGGAGAUCUCAAUGCUCGAGGAUGAUUAUGCCGUGGUUAAUGGUAUAACAACAAUAGUGGAUGUGAAACAAGGGACUGCGGCACAUUUAAUGCAAAUGUCACCUUCCUCGCUGAAAAAGAUGACCAUAUUCUCCGAAGAAGCUCUACCGUUUCGCCCCAAGAAUACACACUUUAUAUAUAUACCAAGUGGUUUCGAGACAUUCUUUAACAUACUGAAACCAAUGCUAUCGAAGAAACAGCAGAAGCGGCUCUCUCUACACGGCAACAAAUUGGAUGGUAUUUAUGAGCACAUCCCACUGAAGUAUUUACCCAAAGAGUAUGGCGGUGAAAAUGGCUCAAUUGAAGAGUGUAUUGUCGAACUCAAUAAGAAACUCGAUGAAUAUCGUGAUUACUUCAAGGCGAAUGCACAAUAUGGCACCAAUGAAAAGUUGCGGCCGGGAAAGCCGAUCGAUUUCGACCAUCUUUGCGGUGUACAGGGUUCAUUUAGAAAAUUGGAAGUCGAUUGAGUUACUUUAAGCUAUGAUUUUUGAAAUUUUUUCUACAUGUAUUAGUGAAAUGUAUGUAUGUAUGUA